AGGGUAAAUCCCAUUGGAAAUGGGAAACUUGAGCAACAUCCAUGUUCUAAACUUGUCUCAUAACAAUUUAUUCGGAUCAAUCCCAUCAACGUUCUCACAACUAAAGCAGAUAGAAAGUUUGGAUCUCUCUUACAAUAGAUUGAAUGGAAAGAUCCCUUCUCAACUGAUUGAAUUGGACAAGUUGGAAGUCUUUAGUGUGGCAUACAACAACUUAUCAGGUGCGACCCCAGAUCGAAAAGCUCAGUUCGCAACUUUUGAAGAAAGUAGCUAUGAGGGAAAUCUCUUUCUCUGCGGACUUCCCUUGCGAACCAACUGCAAUAAAACUGUACCAACAUCAACAAUGUCAAAAGGUCUGGAAAGAAAGAUUGAAGAUGGUGGUUUCAUAGAUAUGGAGGUUUUCUAUGUCAGCUUUCUAGUCUCAUAUAUUAUUGCGUUGUUGGGGAUUGUUGCAAUUUUAUUCAUAAAUCCUCAUUGGCGACAAGCUUGGUUUCACCUCGUUGAAGUGUGCAUGACCUCUUGGUACUACUUCUUUUUGGACAAUUUUAUUAAGUUUUCUUUUGCAACAAAAUUAUGUAAUCUCCUUGAUGAAGAUGCAAGUUCCUGA